AUGAAGGUCUUCCUCCCGGCCACCGUUUUCUGUCUUAGUUCUGGCAUCCUUCUCGCUCGUGCAGAGCCAGAUACUGACUGCCAAGGAGAGUACGGCCCGUGGUCCGUGUGCGAGCCCUUGGAAGGCCAUGCAACUCACCACGACUCCGACGACGAUUUCAAGCUCGACCGCGGACCAGAUGGAGAAUUUACCAAUGAUUGCUUCCAUUUUCAGACUUACAAAAUAGUAGUGCCGAAAAGCGGCAACGGACGUGAUUGUUCCCGUAAAGAGGGCUCCAAGCGCUUCAGAUACUGUGAUGAUUGCAGCAGGAUCCCCUCCGUCCAUAAGCGCCUGGAGGCGCAGCAAGCAACAGACUCCUUCCAUACAUUUACCAUCAUCGCCGGCAUUUUCUGUCUCUUCGCGAUGGUCGCUCUGACAGCCCUUUGCGUGCGGAAAGUGCUGAAGGACACUUCAUCUAGGACAGAGCAAGUUACUCUUUACUCGCCUGGCCCUCCCAAUCCAUCCACUCAACAACCAUAUCCGGCUGACACGCGAGGACCAAACACUACUUCAGUUACCAUGACUCCAGAAUACCCUCACCACUCAGCGAAAGACAUCACUGCGGAAACUGACCGUAAUACUGAAGCUGGUGGAUCUGAGUACGGAGCAUGA